CGCUAUAAGUUGAGCUCUCCCUCUCCUCAUUUGCUACUCCCCGCGUUGACAUCGAGAGAGAGAGAGAGAGAGAGAGAGAGAGAGGCGGAGACCUCGCUCCUUGGCCUCGUCAAAGGUCCAGGUUAACUUGGUGGCUUGCUAACAUGGCAGAGGAACUCCACCCUCCCUCUGUUAUACAAAAAAUCCACAGGCAAACACACUUGUUUACUAGACUCUCUCCCCAUUCAACCAAUUAUACCAAUGGGACUCUACAAAGCCCAUCUCUGAGAAUCAGAUCCUACUACAGGACUGAUACCACACCCGGUAUCGCAUCUAUCUCGCAACUCUCACCUCUCUCUCCAGUCUAUGCUAAUGCCCCUCAAGAGAAAGGCUCGUCUACAUUCCUCAUCAACUUCCUCAUGGGAGGAGUCUCCGCUGCUGUCUCGAAAACUGCGGCUGCCCCGAUUGAGCGGGUGAAGCUCUUGAUCCAGAACCAGGACGAGAUGAUAAAGGCCGGACGACUCUCUGAACCGUACAAAGGGAUUGGAGACUGCUUUUCCCGAACCGUUAAGGACGAGGGGUUCGCCUCCUUGUGGAGAGGAAACACUGCAAAUGUUAUUCGUUAUUUCCCGACUCAGGCCCUGAACUUUGCCUUCAAGGACUACUUCAAGCGCAUGUUCAACUUCAAGAAAGACAAAGACAGUUACUGGAAAUGGUUUGCAGGUAACUUGGCAUCGGGAGGUGCCGCUGGUGCUUCCUCUUCUCUCUUGGUCUACUCUCUCGAUUAUGCCCGUACCCGUCUAGCGAAUGAUGCCAAGGCCUCUAAGAAGGGAGGUGAGAGGCAGUUCAACGGCCUGAUCGAUGUUUACAGAAAGACCCUGGCAUCCGACGGCAUAGCCGGGCUAUACCGUGGCUUCAACGUAUCGAUGGUCGGUGUCACCAUUUACCGAGGGCUUUACUUUGGUAUGUAUGACUCUUUGAAGCCGGUGUUUCUCGUCGGUCCCUUGCAGGAUAAUUUCUUUGCAAGCUUCUUGCUCGGAUGGGGUAUUACGAUCGGUGCUAGCCUUGCUUCUUAUCCUUUUGACACAGUCCGGAGAAGGAUGAUGAUGACGUCGGGAGAGGCCGUGAAGUACCGGAGCUCACUGGAUGCGUUCCAGCAGAUUCUGAAGAACGAGGGUGCCAAGUCCCUCUUCAAGGGUGGAGGUGCCAACAUCCUACGUGCCGUCGCAGGGGCCGGUGUUCUUGCUGGGUAUGACAAGCUCCAGGUCAUUGUCUUUGGCAAGAAGUAUGGAUCCGGUGGCGGCGGCUAAUUGAAUCUCCUUUUUGGCUUCAUAAAAUAGCACAUCGACGAUGACGACGACGAAGAAACAAGAAUAGUCAAAGGAAUUAUUUAUUUAGGUUUUGCUUCAGAUUGAAUUAGAAAACUUUGGAUUAUUUAUCCUUCAAUCCAUUCUACACUUUUGGCCUUGCUAAAGAUUGCUAUGUUAAAUUUUGAUGCUUGUUUUCUCUUACAUUGUUGUUUGUUUAUGAUCUAUCAAAAGUAUGCUGAAAAAAUUGUGAAAAUA